GCAAAACAUCAACAUCAACAUCAAACAGCAUCAACCUUACCUUUCUUAUUGCAUACAAUUCCUAAUUUCUUUUGCUAUUAAGUAUUGAUAUAGAUCCAUUCUCUAUGCUAUUGCCUCUUGCAUUCUUCUAUAGAACUUAGUGAUUUGCUACGAUUCUGUCCUAUCCCAUAUCGCGCAGAGUCCAAUCAAUACGCCGAACGCAAUAAGAAUCAGCUAUAGGUUAAUGUCAUGGAGGAAGGGGGUGCUCCUCUGGGAAUGGGAUCGGGAAGCGUCUCCAAUAGUUUCACUUUCACUCCAGUGCGACGCAAAGAAUCGACAUUGAAUCACGGCCGACUUGAGCAAGAUGCUGAAAAGGAUUGGACUGCGGCUCGAUGCAAUCGUUUAUUACGACCAUUAAACUCCCGAAUUGCAACUCUGCGUAAAAACAAACAGAGCUUCGUCAACUGUGUAAAUGCGCAGCCUAAAAAGGGCAAACCGCUCUCUGAUUACAGCAGCGAGGCAUCAGACGAUUCAAUAUGGGGUGUUCGAAAGAGGGUCGGGAUGAGAUACAGCGGGAAAUCAACCUCUAAAAGAAGAGACGCCAGAGGACUGGGGCAAUAUCGCAGCUUCUUAGAGCCUCCUCUCCCCAUGCCAUCAAAUGCGAGCUUGGAGUACCCAACUGAAGACAUUGUAGUUCCAACGCCAGUGCUCAAUCGAGCAUGGAGACCAUCUGCACCGUGGAGACAAACCACCCCACCCUAUCUCCCAAUAUGGAAUGUUCCUGAGGAUUGCCAGCGGGUGAGGCCAAAGUCUAUUCUAGCUACGGAUGCGCCAAUCCGCGCUCGCCCAACAGGUAAUAGCGCUCAAAUUUUGAACAAAAUGCGGGCUACCAUGAGUAUUGCUAGCUUUCAAACUCUUGAAGGUAUUUAUAAUGGCCUUGAUGCAUUACUAAAGGCAACACGUUCUACUACACAUAAGGAUCAUAGAAGAGGACCCAAAUCAUUGCUAUCCAUGUGCCUUGCAACAGUACCAAAGUAUAUUACUACGGAGGAAAAGCUGCUAUCUAGUGAGAUCAAAAAUGUAGGUUCUUACUUGGCCAUUGAAAAGAGGGAUGUUUCUACAGAGACUUACUAUGGACUCGAGAGGGAGUUUGAAGUAUCUGGGCGAGGCUGGAAACAACUUCGAAAUGUGGUUCGACCUCAUGGUGUUCAGAUUGUUUGCGAUGCAAUCUUGGAAGGUCUUUUGGAACCCAAUUUUAGUGAACUACUCGUCGAUCUUUGUAUAUAUUCAGGAGAUUACGACGAAGCAGAACUAUUACUUUCAAGUCUACUUUCAGUAUAUAAGUCUCCUGCUCCAAACCCAAGAGCUCAUAAUCAUGCGUUGCCUGGGCCACUGGCAACGCUUCGUAGCUUCGUCGAAAAGACAGUUCGUACAGGGUUUGUGUAUCGGCAAUUCUCCAUGUUAAUUCAGCGUGGGAACCUUCCGCUCCCAUGGGUAGCAACAUCAGCAUUUGCCCCGGUUUGGACUGGUUUGAUGCAGGAUUUAUCAUUGAAUCAUGCGAGAACAGAUGCUACGAUGCUCAUGGAUGCCGUGCUACCACGCCUUGUAGACUACGUGUCACUGCCCGACUCCUCGUCGGAUACGAGCUUCUAUGAAAUAUGCAGAUCAACAUUGUUAAGCGUGCUGACAACGAUUACAUCUAUCAUACUCCUUAGUAGGGAUGGAGAGGAACUUGAAGACGAAGACGAGUGGGCAAUAUCUGAAUCCAUGCUCGACAAUGAGACUGCUGGAGAAUUGCCGGUGGCGAAGGAUACACCGCUGGGAUAUUUUACUGCACAUGAAAUACAGGAGUUUGAUCACUUCGCCAUCAUUAGCGGUACUCAUUUCAAGCUUUUGAAAGAUUGUCUCGAGACCGUUAGGCGUAAUGAUAAGGAAACUACUCUCAAAUGUUCCAUUUUUUCCCUGGCAUGUCUAGUGACUGAGCCUAAUGCAGAUGAGAUCCCAGAUUUCAUUAUCGACUCUCUGUACGAGACGUGUGUAAAAGAAGCUGGGAAUACAAAGUCAAAUGAUGAAGUUCUUUUUUCAUUUGUCCAGAAGCCGCUGUCUGCCUACGACGAGGCUGUUAAGUUUUUAUCUUCAGUGGCUCGUUGUUGUGGAAAAGGGGCUUCUACCUCUGGUUUUGAAUAUCUCCAGUAUAUACAUCGAAGACUCAAAAAAGUGAGCACAGGUAGAGAUCUGAAGGCGAGGACUAUCUGGGAUGGGAUUGUAGUGGAUAGCGCAUUUGCCUUCGCACGAGUGACACCGGGCCAAAAAUACCUCGACUACGCGGAGUCUAUGGAUAGCGAGCUUCAUGCAGGUGACCACAAAAAGCCUGAUUCGGCGAGCACAGAGGCUCACCGUGAAUCGACAAACUUUAGGUGGGAAGAAGGUAUAAGCUCUUGGGUAACAACAACACCUGCCACCAAUACCAAAAAAACCAAAGGCAUGACCACCGACUUUGAGAACGAAGAAGUCGAGCUUGAAUCGCCUUCAAUUGUCCGUUCACGACGCGCUAUGCGAUUAAGCCGAGGGACAAAGAGGAAACGUGAUGGUAAUGAGCAUGAACAAUCUACCGAGCCAGAAAUGAAAGCACCACCAGGAACUCAAAUGGGAACACGCAGAGGGAACGCCGCAUCCUUAGGCACCUCCCACAACAAUAGCAGUGAUGAUGAGCUCAGCUUCAACCAUGGAUCAUCAGAAAACCGUCGUGUUUUGAAAGAUCUCGGAAACGCGGCACCUCGAGGUCGAUCAAAAUCAGUCAAUUCGAAGCGACAAAAAGAGAAUUUACCCACCAGAGGGCAAUCGUCACUCAGUGAGGAUGAAUUGGGUAUGUGAGAUGGCAUACACAUCGGCUAUAUCUCUAUAUAGCUAAAUGGGGAAUUAUUGCCUCUCGAGACGAUGAUGUUUCAUGCAAUGACUAUGGAUUGACGGAACAACAGAGCAGACGGUGACUACUCUUACCAAUUUAUUAACUAUUAAGGAGUUUUGGAGAAAGUGUAUCGUGGAGUUUCAAUGGAAGAAGCUGUGACAUCAGCAACGUUCAUGCUCUGCAUAUAAUGAGACGAUCAUUUUGCAAUUAGAUCAUCAGAUUGCUAGAACACGGGUAUUGUUGCCAAAAGACAAUACGAAUCCUCCAUGGGACGACGAUGCGACGAUUGAUGUAUGAAAAAAUAUUCGCAUGCGUAGGGGGGCAUGAAAGCAUAGAUGUCUGAGGGGGCUUGGCGCACGUGGAUAUGGACGGUUGGAUUUACCUGAUCUUUAAUGAUCAGAAAGAUCAUCGUGAUUUGGGUACUAUGCUCAGUUUAUCUUGUGUACAAUUGGUGUUAAGGAAUGCGUUACGCGUCAUUUGACAAAGCGUAACUUUGGCUGGAGCCUCGAAGGAUAUUUGCGAUUUGGAUGUUUCAAUGUCAAUGUUGGAAACACAACUAUUUUCUGGCAUAUUGUAAUACUCUAGUACAAGCCUAUGCAAUACAUAGGAAGGCUUUUUUCGUCAUCUGUCUGUGAAUUCGUGAGCUGAAUUGAUACAUCAUGCUGCAUACAUCUCUCAUCUAGUAUAUAACCUAUUUAUCGAUGCAGAGGAGGCUCUUUCGGGACUUCUUCCGCUAAUAUUAUGAGUGGUGAGCGGGCGACCUGCUCCGAGAUAUAUUUAAUAUGGAAAUCUCUCCCA